AUGUAUGAAUCAGCACUUUUCAUAAGGGGGCAAUUGAGAAAAACCGCAGGCGCAGGAACUUUGAAGCUGGUGAAUAAUUAUGGCGCUUUUCUUUUUGACUCAAUAACCUACGAAUUAUGUGGUACAGAAGUGGAAACUGUUAAAGAUCCAGGACUCGUAUCACUAAUAAGAGGAUUUUUGUGUUAUGAGAAAGGGGAUAAUAGUGGAUUAAAUGAAGCUGGAUGGAAUUUUCCUGAUGAACCAUUGCAAAAUGAUGAUGGUACAUUUGCUAUACGUAUACCCCUCAAACAUUUGCUCAACGUGUUUAAUGAUUACCCGAAAGCAAUGUGUGGAAAACAGGUGAUUCGGUUAAUUAGAGCUCGUAACGAUAGCAAUUGCAUGAUAGUUACAGCAGGAACAGGUGAGCAGAAUGGAGCGACAAAGGGGCAAAUUACAAUCAGCGAUAUAGAGCUGAGAGUUAAACAUGUGCAUCCAAAUGAUGAGAUUAAACUCAAUCUACUAUCCAUGAUAAAAAGUGAUAAACCUAUCUUACUUCCAUUCAGGAAAUGGGAAGUCCAUCAACUUCCAGUUCUUACGGCUGGAGCAACUCAGGAAUUAUGGAGCAUUAAAACGGGUGCUAUUGUGGAAUGUCCUCGAUAUGUUAUAUGCUGCUUUCACUCGGAUCGAAAAGACAACCCCACUAAAGAUCCAAAUUACUUUGAGAAUGUUGACACUUCAGAUAUACGUGUUUUACUCAAUGGUGAAUAUUAUCCUCAAGAAAGAUUGCGACUGAAUUUCGAUCAAAAUGACUAUAGCGAAGCUCAUUAUAAUUAUUGUGAAUUUGCAAAAACUUAUACUGGUAGAAGAACAGGGAAUACAGCAGUGCUCGAUUAUGGUGAAUACAAGUCACGUUUUUUAUUUGUUAUUGAUUGUUCUAAACGGGAUGAAACUUAUAAAUUCGCCACCGUUGAUGUUAAAUUGGAGAUUGAAGCGAGAAAAGGUUUCCCUGCCAACACCAGAGUGUACUGCGUCAUUGUUCAUGACAACGUCAUCGAGUACCACCCACUUAGCGAAAUUAUAAGAAAAUUAACAAACUUUUGA